GGCCUAAGGGUGGGUCUGUUUUUCGUGCGGGAGGGGUCGCGUCGCGUACGAGCGCGGCCGCGAACGUGUGGCUAAUCGGCGCCGUGAGCCGUGAGCAUCGCUUCGGCCGCCGUGCUCGCGCGUACGGGAAGUGGCGUGGAGGAAGGGCGGCUCCGCGUGAGAGAAUCGUCGCGCGUAGCCCUCGCGGUUCGGAGACCGACGACGAUACGGUAGGACGACGGCGUCGACGGCGACGAUCGAAAGCGGAUGGAACGCGGCGCUCACCGCGCUCUCCUUCCCUGACUCCCCGCUCCCGUCCGAUUACUCACAGGAAGAGAGAGAGAGAGAGAGAAAGAGACAAAAAGACAGGAAGAAAGGGAGAAAGAGAGAUAGGGAGCAGACACGCACGAGCCCCCCCGGCACGUAGGUACGCUCCAGUCGUUCAUGGCUGUGGCUCGGGGUGGGGGAAAACAAGCCGUGUAACGACGUAAGAUCCCAAAAAGCUCUCUUUAUGCAGGAAUAUGUCAAGUUUAAAAAUCGUGUUGGUAAUGCACUUGCUUGCGCUACCCUUGAGAACGAUGGAUUCUGACCAAAGAAAUCAGCAGGUGCAUCAGCACUGAACAAAAUAAAAAAAAGCAAAAACUAAAUAAUGAAUGCCUGCUGCACUCACGCCGUCGACUCUGUACAAGCAGACUUAAGAUUUGUUGAAGUAGUACGUGAGUAGCAGCUACUCACGGCCACACUCAGCUGUACAUACAAAAAUCUAAAUACAUAUAUAUCGUCGUAAAUAUAUAUGUAUUUAUUUUUACGCACAUGGCAGCCAUGAAGCAUGGCAAGACGAGUCAAGACGACGUAUGUUACGUUGUCGCCAAAUAUGAUUAUGGGGCACAGGGUGCCCAGGAGCUAGAUUUACGAAAGAACGAUCGCUAUCUCUUGCUGGACGAUUCGAAGCAUUGGUGGCGAGUGCAGAGCGCGAGAGGACAGGCAGGCUAUGUGCCGAGCAAUUAUGUUAAAAAGGAGAAGCCCUCACUGUUCGAUAGUAUUAAGAAGAAGGUCAAAAAGGGCUCCGGCUCCAAGACCCUGCCAUCCAGUAACUCGCCGUCCCGGGCGGUCGAGUCCCCCAUCAUGGCGCGACGUCUGCCGGCCGAUCCGAGCGAGGCGAUCGGCACCGCGGUCGUCAAGUACAAUUACCAAGCGCAGCAGGCGGACGAGCUGUCCCUCGUGAAGGGCACUAGGAUUUUGAUACUCGAAAAGAGUAACGAUGGCUGGUGGCGAGGUCAGAGCGGCACCCAGGCCGGUUGGUUCCCGUCGAACUACACCCAGGAGGAGGGCGACGCCGACGACACGCUGCACACGUACGCGAUGGCCGAGAAUGUGCUCGACAUCGUGGUGGCUCUCUACUCGUUUUCGUCCAACAACGAUCAGGAGCUGUCGUUCGAGAAGGGUGACCGUCUCGAGAUCCUCGACCGUCCACCGGCGGAUCCCGAGUGGUACAAGGCGAGAAACAGCCAGGGACAGGUUGGACUAGUACCGCGCAAUUAUCUCCAGGAGCUGAGCGAGUACUUGACGCAACCGUACCGUGAGCGUGGUAUGACAACUAGCGAGAUCAGCCAGGGGGAUUCUCUCGAACGAAGGCCGGACCCUGGCGAUCGGCCGCACCUCGUCGGCAAACCUUGGUACUACGGUAGUAUUACGCGCUCGCAAUGCGACAACCUGCUCAAUCAACACGGCCACGACGGAGAUUUCCUAAUCAGGGAUAGUGAAACCAACAUGGGCGAUUAUUCGGUAUCCUUGAAAGCACCGGGACGUAACAAGCACUUUAGGGUACAUGUAGAAGGAGCGUUAUAUUGCAUCGGUCAAAGGAAGUUUCACACGUUAGAUCAGCUUGUAGAUCAUUACCAGAGGGCCCCAAUCUACACCAAUAAGCAAGGAGAGAAGCUGUACUUGGUGCGCCCAUUACCAAAAGGCAAUGCCAGUAGCAACGGUUGCUAGAUGAAUUCGUGCCAUGAAGGAGACAGUCCAUGCGCUUUCAGCUGUAUCGAUAAGAUACGCGACGCCUGCCUAGUAAUAUCAAUAUCACACAUCUCUCGUACGUUUAUACAAUAACAAUUAAUAUAAUUGGUCUACUCGUAUAUUAGUGUUUCUCGAUUGUUUUCACCAUUUAUACAGUGAAGUAUAAUUUAUUACUCUAAGUGAAUCGGUAACUCGUAUUACACUCCUCGGAGCUUCCAGACUACUCAGCAAACGAACAAAGAAACAUUAAUACGGCAGUAUGUGAACUAAUUGACAACACAAGGCUUAUCUUUAUAUUCAUAUGUAAUUGUAAAACGCGAACCGACUGUUAUUACGAUUAAUAAUAUAUUACAACUGCAUAUAAUAUAGACUGCAAGUGUAAUGAUCAAGUAAUAAUUAAUUAUCAUGCAAUUAUGAA